ACCAAAUAAUAAUUUUAUAAACAACCAGGGCUCCAUAAAGCAGUAAAUUUCCGAUUACGCCCCUCUCUCUCGCUCUCUCUCCCUCGCAUUGCGGCUAGGGUUUAAUGAAAUCCACCUCUCUUCUUUCUCUCUCUAAAAUCGCAGGGGUUUUGUGGGUGUUGAUCUGUGUGACGAUGGAUGUGAAGUGGGAUUAGGUCGCAUUUCCAAGUGUUGAAUCUGAUAAACUGCUGGUUGGUGAGACCAGAAAUGGCGACCGCGAACCCUUUUGAUUUGUUGGGCGAUGCAGAUAACGAUGACCUCUCGCAGCUGGUCGCUGCUCAGCAGCAGAAGAUCGCUCCAACCGAAGCCAAGGUUCAACAGGCUUUGCUACAGAAGCCAGCUAAGUUACCGACCAAGCCUCUCCCUCCAGCUCAGGCCGUGAGGGCAGUCAAGAAUGAAAUUGGGCGUGGAGGAGGCCGUGGUGGUGGCCGUGGUCGUGGUGGAGGUGGAUUUAGUAAAGAAUCAUUCAACAGUGAGAAUUCAUUAAGCAUUAGUGGAUUUUCUGGUGGUCGAAGUGUUUCUGAAGAAGAUACUGGGAAACCUUCUGAAAGACGUGGGGGUUACGGUGGACCUCGUCCUUUCCGUGGAGCGGGUCACUAUGGUGGUUUUAGUAAUGGAGAAGUCGAGGAUGAAGAACGCCCUCGUAGGAUACAUGAACGCCGUAGUGGCACUGGGCAUGGGAAUGAGAUCAAACGGGAAGGAUAUGGUCGAGGGAACUGGGGAACUCAGAAUGAUGGAGUUGCUGAGGUCACCGAGAAUGCGAAUGAAGGUGAGAGAGUUUUGAGGUAUGAGAAACCGUCGGUGGAGGAAGAUGCAACAGAUGGCAUCAAGGAGAAAGCUGCUGAUGAACCUGAAGAAAAAAAGCCUGAAGAUAAGGAGAUGACACUUGAAGAGUAUGAGAAGGUGCUCGAAGAAAAGAGGAAGGCCCUGCAAGCUCUUAAAACUGAGGAAAGGAAGGUGGAUGUUGACAAAGAGUUUAAAUCCAUGCAACCACUUUCAAGCAAGAAAGGCAGUGAUGACAUCUUCAUUAAAUUGGGCUCUGAUAAGGAUAAGCGGAAAGAGUUAGCAGAGAAAGCCAAGAAGUCUGUCAGCAUUAACCAAUUCUUGAAGCCUGCUGAAGGAGAGAAUUUCUACAGUCCUGGUGGUCGUGGUCGGGGACGUGGACGUGGUUCAAGGGGCGGUUUUGGUGGGGGCGGUUUUGGUGGAGGCAGAACAAUGACCAAUGUGGAAGCCCCAUCCAUUGGAGAUCCUGGGCAGUUCCCAAUCUUGGGUGCCAAGUGAGAUCCUCUCUUACCGUGCUGCUUACCCUGUGCUAUUCCUUGCAUUGGCUCCCCUAUCUGGUUGCAGCGAGUGGCAGGAAAUUAACCAAAAUAAUGGAGCUGUGUAUCAGAAAUGGCCUUCUAAAGUUUUUAUUAGAUGUAAAUUUUUGUUCUCUCCGUGUCUACCUCUGUAUUCUCUAAUAGUAUGACAUGUUCUUUCUGUUUCGAGGUUAGGGCAUAUGAACAUAUUUAUGACUUGAUUUAUUGUUGCUCAAUUUUGUUUUGGAAUAGAUGGACAAUAAAUUAGUUAUUUCCAGA